AUGAGGAACGCAGGCGAAGAUCUGAAUGUCCGCACCGCCAUCAUCGCCCCAACAGAUGACGAAAGACUGGCUCGGAAGAUGAAGAAUGACCACCAGGCGCCGCUGCUGUCCAAAGCGCAGCGGGUGCUCCUGCUGCGCAUGUCGGGAAUGGGAGAGGGCGAGAGCUGGGCAUGUAGCGGAUCCCAGAAGAAUUUCGGGCCAAACGGCGCUCCGAACCCGCUGUUCUGGGGCUGUCCGCAUGCCAUCACGAGCAACGUGUCUCGUCCUUGCGAGGUCGCUACGGACGGGUCACUUCAACUGAAGGACGUCUGGGGCUUUACCGAGUGGAAGAGGGUCAAGUUCGAUGAAGCGCGACUAGCCAAACAACUCAAGGUCAAGGCCCAGAUGAGAGGGCUUGGAGUGGACUCGAGCGAGAUGCAAGCGGCGGUGGAAGCCGCCGUGAUCAAUAUGAAAAGUUUGAGGCAGACUCGCCGUCAUCGAUCCCCUAUCAACAAGGGCAACGGUCUCACUCGCUUCGUGUUUGCCCAAGAUCUCAGCAACGGCCGACCCGAUGCCCCAAGUUCAUCGAGAAUUCGAGAAUUUUUGAAGAAGAUUGCCGCUGGGGAUAGGUCGGACGAGGUCCUCGGGGAACUUGGCAGCAUGGCACUAUGCACAGACACGCUUGUAUCAUACAUUGAGACGUAUCAGGUCAACCCAGAGCUGAGGAAGAUCCAGGAGUCAGCGAGGGAAAAGGCUACGAAGCAAUUGGAAGUCGAGUGGUGA